UGAGAGCACUUCCAACCUCAAAGCCUUGUUUGACUUCGUCCGGACAUCCCUGACUCCCGCCGACAGCGACUCCUGGAAGGGCCCUGUGCUGCUGGUGGACGACCUCAGCGUCCUGCUCAGCCUGGGUGCCGCACCGGUGGCGGUGCUGGACUUCAUCCACUACUGCAGAGUCGUGGUGUGCUCCCAACUGAAGGGGAACAUCGUGGUGCUGGUUCACAGCAACGAGGAUUCAGAAGACGAGGAAAACGAACUGGUUGUAAACUCCCUGUGUCAUCACAGUGACCUGAUCCUGUGGGUAGAGGGGCUGGCAACCGGCUUCUGCAAGGAUGUUCAUGGGCAGAUUAAAAUAAUUAGGAGGGUGUCCUUGGAGCUGACGGCGGAGCAGGAUCUUGUCCAGAUCUACCAAUAUAAGAUCCAGGACAAGAAUGUCACCUUUUUUGCUCGAGGGCUGUCAGCCGCAGUCCUGUGA